AUGAAUGCCCUCGACGGUGUUCCCUUCAAGGUGCCCAAUGGCUUUGUGAUAGACACGGAGCUUCUCCCUGAGCCAGAACUCAGUGUCCCGGCCUGCAGGGAGCUUCUGCUGGGUUCUAUGCAUGACUUCAGCCUGGAGAGGAGGGCGCUUUUCUGGGUGGAGGCCGCCGUCCGGGGAUCCUGCCCGUACCAGUGCGGUGACCUGGGAAUCUCAUCGGCCCCUCCGGCCUGGCUCUUGCUGGUCAGUCCCGAAUACCAGCUGGCGCCUGCUCCUGUUACUAUCAAAGACCCAGAAGCCGGACCCCAGGAGUGGCCAGACGAGGAGCAGGACGACGACGACGAUGCGAAUGAAGAAGGCUCCUCUGCCAGCGAGGAAGAGCCGGGCUCCUGCAGCCCCGACCCCGGCUCCCCCGCGGGUGGUGGCCCGGGCCAUCGCCUGUGCUCACUGGACGUGCUGCGCAGCGUGAGGUCGGAGCUGGCGGGGGCGCGGCGGCGGCUCUCCGAGGGCAGGCUGGCUGCCAGUCCCCGCGCGCUCCUGCACUGCUUCCGCCGUCACCGAGCGCUGAGCCUGUGCUCCGGGCCCACACUGCCACCACCGGGGCCCGCUCCCCAGCUCCCCAGCGCCUCAGAGCCGCCCCCAAGGCCCUCCACGGCCGGGGCCAUGCCUCCGCUGCGGAGCCACAAGCCCACAGUCGCGUACCUCAGCCCGUACACCUGCCUGCCACCUCUAGGGGAGGCACCCCAGCCUGUCAACACAAACAGAUCACAACCUGACACUGCAGCUGACCUGCUGUCGGCCCUGAGCCAGGAGGAGCAAGACCUCAUUGGGCCAGUGGUGGCCCUGGGAUAUCCCCUGCGAAGGGCCAUUGUGGCUCUGCAGAAGACAGGGAGACAGAGCUUGAGCCAGUUUCUCAGCUACCUCAGCGCCAGUGACCGGCUGUUGCAUCAGGGCUAUGAGGAAGGCCUGGUGGAGGAAGCCAUGGAGAUGUUCCAGUUCUCUGAGAGCCAGGCAGGGGAGUUCCUGCGCCUUUGGGAACAGUUCAGUGACAUGGGCUUCCAGCAGGAUCGGAUCAAAGAGGUGCUAUUGGUACAUGGCAACCGUCGAGAGCAAGCCCUGGAGGAGCUGGUGGCCUGUGCCCAGUGACUGCUGAGCACUACUCAAUGCCUGUGCAUCCCUGUCCAGGGCCAGACCUGGCAAUUCAUCCUACCUGUAUUAUUAAAACCAAGUAAAAAUAACAAA